CCUUUAGUUGACAAACUUAUAUCGUCCGUCAAAAAAGUCUUCCUUAAAUGUCCAGCAAGAAUACAAAUAUUUUAAGAUGAGGCACCUGAGCUAAGUUUGCCCCCACAGCCAGUUAUAACGCGCCGGGGGACAUGGUUGACGGCGACUAUUUAUUACUGUGACUCAUAUGAAACAAUUAAAAAAAUUAUGGACAAAUUUGAUCCAAAUGAUGCUUUGUCUAUAAAAACAGUUCAAGAAGUUAUGAGUGAACGAAGAGUUGAGGCCAAUUUAGCUUUUAUAAAAUCAAAUUUUUCGUUCUUAUCUUCAGCUCUAACAUCUCUAGAAGAAAAGGGGAAAACUUUAUCCAAAUCGGUUGCUAUUAUAAACACCGUUUCAGGAAAAUUAGAAAUUGCAGCAUCAGCUUCUCAAGGUAAAACAAUAUACACAAAAUUUCAAAAAGUUUUGGACAAAAUUUCUAAGAUAUUAGAUGGGGAAAAAGAAUCACUUGAAGGACUACCUGAAGUUAUAGAAACUAACGACAUUUCUUAAUUUUAAGCACGCACCGAUUAACUCUGUGGAUAUGGAGCGGUCAUUUUCAACUUAUAAAAACAUACUGUCAGAUCGUCGAAGGUCGUUCAAAUUUAAAAACAUCAGCAAAAUUAUCGUUAUUCAGUGUAAUCCUGAUAUUUAAAGUACAUUUAUAAUUUUUUUUUUCAUAUUAAAUACGUGUGUUUUGUAAUAAAAUAAUUUUAAUUAAUUUACAUUAAAAAGGUAUAAAAAAUUUUUCGAAUUAAUAUUAACC